AUGGAUUUAAGACCAGUUACCUUCGAGGCCAACACUGGCGCUGAAUGCCAACCCGAGAAGAGGGAUCCUAAGUGCGCUAGGGUGUCACCCAGGAAGACGAAGGUGGCAGCCAAGAAGAGGACCACGAAACGCAAGGCUGUAUUGAAGCCCAAGCCCAAGUCCAAGUCCAAUUCCAAUACCAAGUCCAAUACCAAGUCCAAUACCAAGCCCAAGUCCAAGCCCAAGCUGAAGCUCAUGCCCAAGAACGCCAUGAGCAAGCCAAAAUGCUCCAGGCCCGGGAAGGAGGUGAAGGUCCUGUGGCAAAGCCCUUGUAAGGAAGAAAUGGAUUUAAGACCAGUUACCUUCGAGGCCAACACUGGCGCUGAAUGCCAACCCGAGAAGAGGGAUCCUAAGUGCGCUAGGGUGUCACCCAGGAAGACGAAGGUGGCAGCCAAGAAGAGGACCACGAAACGCAAGGCUGUAUUGAAGCCCAAGCCCAGUCCAAGCCCGAAAAGUCCGUGUCGCAAGAAAUCGCAAAUGUAA